CCCCCUCCCCCUUUGAAUAUUAGGUAUAAAUAUACAACGAUGGAUUCUACACAAAUAUUGAUUCCGAAUCUUUUCAAGUAUGACUUCAAAGUCGUUUAACGCUGCUCUAAUCGUGUCAGUGGUCACAAUUGUCGUCUCCAAAUUUACAAAUGUAGAAUGCUUUCCGGACUCACGAAUAUCGCCGAUAUGCACAGAACCGGACUAUUUUAAUACCAACUUCGACAACGACAUACACGAAUCGUUUCUUAUGUUGACUCCACACGAGCACGUGCCAACAUUCGAUGUGGAGAACUUUAAGAGCAUCAAAAGAACACAUGUUUAUGGGAAUACUACGGGUUGCGCCAGUUCAGGAUCCACAUGCAGCUGGCAUUACGUCAUCAACUCGGAUGAAAACAGGAGGCCGCGUGAUCUCAUUGAAGCGGCGUGCAACUGCAAGUCACGGUGCCAGCCCGUACAAUACUAUGUGCGCGUGCUCCGGAAGAUCGGUUGUGACCUGGAUUCUGGACGGUACAUCUAUCGACAGGUUGUCGAACCAGUGAAUGUUGGGUGCACAUGCAUGCUUUACUAGCCAAUGUUUUCCAAUAUUGUCUGUUCAUUUUAAAAAUCAAAAACAGCGAUGCUUUUUUCGAAAACAAUUCUCACAUUUGUACAAAUAACGGAAUUAUAAAAAUAUACGAUAUAAACACGUUCUUUAUUUCAGCGAUAUAUCGGCAUAUUUUGUUGGAUUGUCUCAUUUCAAGUUUAUUUCAAAUUUAAGAUAAUUUUUACGAUUUUAUCGAUGGUAAAGACCCACAAGAGGUUAUAAAAAUGUAUUUACCUACGCACUGUACUAACACCUCUUUUACGCUAAUGAAAAAUCGAGGUAGACAUAUAGUCGUUUUUUUUUAUCUGUGUCUCAUUUUUAUAUUGUUUUUAUUAAAAUUCAUUUGUUUUAAUUUACAUUACUCAUUCGCUGGUUUUAUUUAUACAACGAGAAUUAAGUCAUAAAAUGUGCUUUUUACAAUGUA